GGGAGCUAGGGGUGUCUUUUCUCCCCCUACAGCAGUCGCUUGCAUGGACUUUACCAUAAAGCUAACGCGGCAGCUUGUGAGUUCCCGAGCGGGGCACGGAUGGGAUUAAGUCGGCUAGCCGCGGCUAAUGACGGUGCUAGCUCCGCGGCUAACCGGUUGGCGUUAGCUUUCUAACUCAGUUGGCUGACGCUGCUCUGCUAAUUACCAGGCUAGAUUUGCUGGCACAACCAUGCCUCCCAGACCCUCCUCAGGAGAGCUAUGGGGGAUGCACUUGAUGCCCCCCAGCAUCCUAGUGGACUGCCUGCUGCCAAAUGGCAUGAUUCUCACAUUGGAGUGUCUCCGAGAGGCCACGCUCAUCACGGUCAAGCAUGAGCUUUUCAAAGAAGCCAGGAAGUACCCUCUUUGCCAUCUGCUGCAGGAGGAGAGCUCGUACAUCUUUGUCAGCGUCACCCAGGAGGCAGAGCGAGAAGAGUUUUACGAUGAGACAAGGAGACUGUGCGAUCUCAGGCUGUUUCAGGCCUUCCUCAAAGUUAUUGAGCCUGUGGGCAACAGAGAAGAGAAAAUUCUUAACAGAGAGAUAGGUUUUGCUAUUGGAAUGCCCAUAUGUGAGUUUGAUUUAGUGAAGGACUCAGAAGUGCAGGACUUCAGAAGGAACAUUUUAAAUGUUUGCAAAGAAGCAGUGGACCUCAGAGACAGUAACGGAGCCCACAGCAGAGCUUUGUAUGUCUAUCCUCCAAAUGUAGAAUCGUCAGCAGAACUUCCCAGGCACAUUUAUAACAAGCUAGAUAAAGGUCAAAUCAUUGUGGUCAUUUGGGUCAUCGUUUCACCCAGCAACGACAAGCAAAAGUAUACGUUGAAGAUCAACCAUGAUUGUGUGCCAGAGCAGGUGAUUGCUGAAGCCAUCCGUAAAAAAACACGAAGCAUGUUGCUCACCCAGGAGCAGUUGAAGAUGUGCGUCCAAGAGUAUCAGGGAAAGUACAUCCUCAAGGUCUGCGGCUGUGACGAGUAUCUUCUGGAGAAAUACCCCAUUAGUCAGUACAAGUACGUACGCAGCUGCAUCAUGCUGGGGAGAAUGCCCAACUUGAUGUUGAUGUCUAAAGACAGCCUAUAUUCCCAGCUGCCCAUGGACAACUUCACCAUGCCGUCAUAUGCUAGGCGGAUAUCCACAGCGACACCCUACAUGAACGGUGAAACAGCCACCAAGUGUCUUUGGACCAUCAAUGGAACGCUGAGGAUAAAGAUACUCUGCGCUACUUAUGUCAAUGUAAACAUCAGAGACAUUGACAAGAUCUACGUCAGGACUGGGAUUUACCAUGGUGGAGAGCAGCUGUGUGACAAUGUCAACACCCAACGCGUGCCUUGCUCAAAUCCCAGGUGGAACGAGUGGUUAAACUACGAUAUGUACAUUCCAGAAAUUCCCAGAGCUGCCCGACUCUGCCUCUCCAUCUGCUCUGUGAAAGGAAGGAAAGGAGCUAAAGAGGAGCAUUGUCCCCUCGCCUGGGGCAACGUCAACCUGUUUGACUACACUCACACAUUAGUAGCAGGAAAGAUGGCUCUCAACUUGUGGCCGGUUCCACAUGGCCUAGAGGACCUGCUCAACCCCAUUGGUGUCACAGGCUCUAACCCCAACAAGGAAACUCCUUGCCUGGAGCUGGAGUUUGACCAUUUUAGUUGCCCUGUCAAGUUCCCUGAAAUGAGCAUCGUUGAGGAACAUGCAAACUGGAACAUAUCCAGAGAGCUCGGCUUCAAUUAUGGUCACACUGGUUUGAGCAACCGACUGGCCCGAGACAACCCCCUGACUGAGAGUGACAAUGAGCAGCUCCGACAAGUGUGUAACAAAGACCCGCUGUCUGAAAUCACUGAGCAGGAGAAAGACUUCCUAUGGAGUCACAGAUAUCACUGCGUCAACAUGCCAGAGAUCCUGCCCAAGAUCCUCCUAGCUGUGAAAUGGAACUCCAGAGAUGAAGUUGCACAGAUGUAUUGUCUGCUCAAAGACUGGCCUGCAAUUAAGCCAGAACAAGCCAUGGAGUUGCUGGAUUGCAACUUUCCCGACCCCAUGAUGAGAGAUUUUGCUGUGAAGUGCCUUGAGAAAUACCUGACUGAUGACAAACUCUCUCAGUAUCUCAUUCAGCUGGUCCAGGUUUUAAAGUACGAGCAGUACCUUGAUAACCCACUUGCACGCUUCCUGCUGAAAAAAGCAUUAACCAAUCAGAGGAUAGGACAUUUCUUCUUCUGGCAUUUAAAAUCAGAGAUGCACAACAAGACGGUGAGCCAGCGGUUCGGCCUGCUGCUGGAGUCAUACUGCCGAGCUUGUGGCAUGUAUCUGAAGCACCUGAGCAGACAGGUGGAGGCCAUGGAGAAACUCAUCAAUCUCACCGACCUCCUCAAACAGGAGAAAAAAGAUGAGGCACAGAAGGUCCAAAUGAAGUUUCUGGUCGAGCAGAUGAGGAGGCCAGACUACAUGGAUGCGCUGCAAAGCUUUACGUCCCCGCUGAAUCCUGCACAUCAGCUGGGAAACCUCCGCCUGGAGGAAUGCAGGAUGAUGUCAUCGGCAAAGCGACCUCUCUGGCUAAACUGGGAAAACCCUGAUAUGAUGUCAGAACUGCUCUUUCAGAACAACGAAAUAAUCUUUAAAAACGGAGAUGAUCUGAGGCAGGACAUGCUGACUCUGCAGAUCAUUAGGAUAAUGGAGAACAUCUGGCAAAACCAAGGCCUUGAUCUCAGGAUGCUGCCAUAUGGCUGCCUGUCCAUCGGUGACUGUGUGGGUUUAAUUGAGGUGGUGAGGAAUUCUCACACAAUCAUGCAGAUCCAGUGCAAAGGCGGCCUGAAGGGGGCGCUGCAGUUCAACAGUCACGCACUGCAUCAGUGGCUCAAGGAUAAGAACAAGGGAGAGAUGUAUGACCAGGCUAUUGAUCUGUUCACACGGUCGUGUGCCGGUUACUGCGUGGCCACAUUCAUCCUGGGCAUUGGGGACAGACACAAUAGCAACAUUAUGGUCAAAGAUGAUGGUCAGCUGUUCCACAUAGACUUUGGUCAUUUCCUCGAUCACAAGAAGAAGAAGUUUGGCUACAAGAGAGAGCGUGUACCAUUUGUGCUUACACAGGACUUUCUGAUUGUUAUUAGCAAAGGAACACAAGAGUGCACAAAAACACGAGAGUUUGAAAGGUUCCAGGAAAUGUGUUACAAGGCAUACUUGGCGAUCCGGCAACACGCCAACCUCUUCAUCAACCUCUUCUCCAUGAUGCUGGGCUCAGGUAUGCCCGAGCUGCAGUCGUUCGACGACAUUGCCUACAUUAGAAAGACACUCGCUCUGGACAAGUCGGAGCAGGAAGCCCUGGACUACUUCAUGAAGCAGAUGAACGACGCCCAUCAUGGCGGUUGGACUACCAAGAUGGACUGGAUCUUCCACACAAUUCGCCAGCAUGCCAUGAACUAAAGGAAGGAAAGAAUAAAGCGGACAGUGGCAACAUCACGAGGAGUGAGGGAAACAAAAGGCUUUUCUUCCACAACACUACAGCUGCCAGCUUCUGACCUAAUUUAGAGACAUGUUGCCUUCAAGUUCCUGUUUUUUUGAGUGUCUGAAAUUAGUUUCCCUGCGUCGUGAAUUUAAGAAGCAAAGAUGGAGCCGUACUUCACCUACUUUUUUAUAGGAAUUUACCAAGUGGAAUGGACCUCAACUACACUGGCCUUUAAGUAAACUACAGACUUUAUAGAAACAUUUUCUGACUUUUGACUCCUUUUAAUCUACAACCAGAAGAACACUAAGUGGAGCACCACCACACUGCGCACUAUUUUCCCCUAAAGAUAAUAUAUUUUAGUUAUUCUUACAACCGAAUUAAAAAAAAAAACAAAGAUAUAUGUGAGGUGGGGGCUGGCACGUGU